AUCCUUUCAAAACGGGAAGAUUAUUCUACAAAUUCUCCAUCUUUUCAUCCUCCAUUCCCACGAGUCCUUUCCAUUUCUCUAUUCACAGAGAUAUGGAGUAGAUACUCCAUUUAUCUGACUAUUCAGUUCACUAUUAUUUUCUUUGACCUAAUAUCAAUUUGAUAUUAUGUCUGUGGUUGCACUUUUAUUUGAUGGUUGGGUGAUUUUAAAUUUUUUAUAGUAGAACUGUAUUCUAAUUAUUAUUCUUGUAUUAAUAAUAAAAGAGAGUUUAUUAGUUCAUGCUUGUCCUGCAUGAAUUAGUGCGAUUACUCUGUUUUGUGUUAUUGAAUAUUACCAUAAAAUGGUUAGUUGUGCAGCUUGUGGCUAUUCAAUUACACCAACAAAUAAAAAUUCUGGUGUAACAUUUCACAGUUUUCCUAAAGAUGAAAAUCGAAGGCUGAAAUGGAUUAGUUUUGUCAAAAAGCCUGGGUUUAUUCCUAACAAAAGGAGUCUAUUAUGUUCCCGACAUUUUCGAGAUGAUUGUUUUGAAAGAUCAUAUAAGGCAUCUGUAAGACUAAUUCCUAAUGCUUCUCCCACAAUAGUAGUGAACCGUCAUAGAUGGGUGAGAUCAUUUAACCAGGAAGAAAUAAUCCAUGACUCCACAACUGAAUCAACUUCUGAAAUAAAGUUUUCCUCUCCUCCAAAAAUAUCUAUUUCGGAGGAAAAACGAUUAACUCCUCGAGAAAAAAGGACAAUCAGCUACUUAAAAAAAGUAAAUGAAUUACAAAGAAACAAAAUACGUACAAUGCAGAAAACUAUCUGGCAACAGGAGAAUGAAAUAUCUUCCCUCAAAACAAAGAUGAUGGAUUUGAAAAAUGAAAAUUUAUUGCUAGAGGAACAUUGCGAUGUGAUGUUGGAUCAUUUUGAAAACAAUAAAGCAAGCUUUUGAAGAAGUAUUAGCUGGUUCAAUAUCAAAAUAUAAAUUAUUUUUGAACUAGUCUCCAGUAUCAGUGAAUGACAUCUCAUAUAUUAUGAUAUGAUUCUUACUAGGAUGCAAUGAGCAAGUUGUUUAUCAACUCAUAUGAUUUUUUUAAUUGAUUUCAAUGUACAAACCAACAAUUUUUCAUUGAAAAUGCUUAUUUGGAGUUUACAAGUAGCAGGCAAUAAGAAUUUAGAAAUUUUCAUUUGAUUGAUAUAAAUAUUUAUAGUAGCAUCAAUUUAAUGUUUAUGGAGAAGCUGUAUAGAUCUUAUGAACAAACUCUUUUCAACUUGAAGAUUUUAUGCAACAAGAAAUAUGAGGAUAUUAAAUGAAGAUAAAAUUGGAAUUAGGAAUUUUUUUUUGUAGUGCAAGAUGUUUGAAAGUGCCUUUUUUUACGCCCUGCCUUGUAGAGAUCUUUCAAUGCCUAAAACAUUUUAUUUCUCUUAAUUAAUAAUAAUUAAUCUAGUGGUUGUAGUUUACAACCAUGUUAUCAAGAAGUUGACUACAACUGAAAAUUGAUGAUUAAUAAUAUCAAUAAUAUGAGAACUAGAAAUGUAGGAGGUAUGAUAUCUGUUUUGUUAACCAAAUCUCCUAGGCCUUUGUGAGAUCUCUCAAAAGCAUAAAACUCAUACGAGUUGGGAAAACCUGGAAUAGAAAAAUAUUGGUUUUGUAAUAAUUGUAUAAACUAUCUAACCUUAUCGUUACUUCUAAAAUAAUAAAGCCAGUAUUUAUCAUU